AUGGGGGCCAAGAAUACAGAUAAACAAAACGGUGAACAAGUGCCAGCUCUAGAUCAUCCACAAGAUCAACGAGAGACAAAAGGAGAAGGUGGGGAUCAAGAAAAAAAAUCCGAAGAGGUUAAAAAGAAUGCACCUAACUCAAAAGCGGAGGCUGUUCUUUUGGGAACUUAUAUACAUUGCGAAGGUUGUGAAGUUGAUGUCAAAAAAAGCUUGAAGUUCUUUGAGGGUGUUGAAGAAAUUGAGGUUGAUAAGAAAAACCAUAAGGUGACAGUCAAGGGGAAAAAUUUGGAUCCAUGGAAAGUCUUGGAGAGGCUUGAAAAGAAAACCCAAAAACACGUGGAGUUGAUUUCUCCAAAAGUACCGAGAGACGCCAAGAAGAAAGUUGAAGUAAAAGGAAAUACUGAAGCCACAAACAAAAAAGAGCCUCAAGUAAUAAUUGCAAUUCUCAAGGUCUACAUACAUUGCGAAAGUUGUGCUCAUGAAGUCAAGAAAUGUGCACAAAAGAUGAAAGGAGUUUUGAGUGUAGAAGUGGAUCCAAAGAAGUCUCUAAUGACAGUGAAAGGCACGUUUGAUCCACCAAAGCUUGUCCAUUUUAUUCAUAAGCGAGGGGGGAAACAUGUGGAAAUUAUAAAGCAAGAGAAAGUUGAUGGCAAGGAUAAGGAUAAAGGGGAUGGCAAGGACAACGAUAAAGGGGAUGGCAAGAGUGGGGAGAAGAAGAAUGAAGAGGGGGAGAAUAAAAAAGGUAGGGGAGAACCAUUAUUCUAUUACUACCCUCCUCAAAUUGUCAUGGAAAAAACUUAUCCUCCUUUAUUCUUUAAUGAUGAGGAUGUAAAUUCAUGUUCAAUUACGUGA